GCCGAGGAGCCCGAGUGCGGGCAGGAGGCUCCGCGCCCGCCGCUCCCAAAAGUCGAGCGAGAGGAGGAGGAGGAGGAGGAGGAAGAGGAGGAAGAGAAGAAGGCGGCGGCACCGCUUCUCUCAGGGAGACAGCAAGAGCUUGUGAGGCACUGUGGAAAUGGCUCUUGUGGAGGAUGCGAUCCUGCCCACCAACCUCACCUCCAGCAACCAGAGCAGCUGCAAUGUGCACAACCACCUCUUCUCAACCAAAGUCAUCUUCUCCCUUUUCUACAUCAUCCUGCUGGUGUUCGGUGCCUGUGGGAAUGUCCUGGCCCUCUGUAUCACCUUCCAGCGCAGGAAGAAGAAACUCAACUCCACCGACCUCUACCUGGUGAACCUGGCCCUCUCCGAUGCCCUCUUCACCCUGGCACUCCCGGGCAGGAUCGCCUACUACAUCCUGGAGUCUGACUGGCCCUUUGGGGACUGGUUCUGCCGGAUCACAGCUUUCAUUUUCUACAUGAACACCUAUGUGAGCAUCUACUUCAUGACCUGUGUGAGCGUGGACCGCUACGUUGCCGUGGUGCGCACCAAGCACCCUGGCAGGGUUCGGAAGAUGAGCCGUGCCAGGGGCAUCUGUGUCUUCAUCUGGUCCUUGGUGUUCCUGCAGACAGCCCUGCUGCUGCUGCGGCCCAUGACGCGAAGGAUGGGAGACAAGCUGACAUGCAUGGAGUACUUCAACUUCGAGGAGAUCCCCAGUCUGCCCUACCUGCUCCUGGUGGCCUGCGUGCUUGGCUUCUUCCUGCCUGUGGGCAUCAUCUUGGUGUGCUAUGUGAGGAUCAACCUCAAGCUCUGCCAGACAGCCAAGGAGAACCCGCUGACAGUCAAGAACGGGCACCACCACCGGGCCUUCACUGUCAUCCUGGUGGUGCUACUGGCUGUCCUGCUCUGCUUCAGUCCCUACCACCUCAACAUUGUCCAGUUCAUGGUCAGGAAGAUCCUCUACCAGCCAUCCUGCCGUGAGCAGCAAGCCUUCAAGAUGUCCCUGCAAGUCACUGUGGCGUUCAUGAACUUCAACUGCUGCAUUGACCCCAUCAUCUACUUCUUUGCCUUCCGGGGCUACAAGCGGAGGCUGCUCCGCAUCUUCAGGAACAGCGGCUCCCUGGCCACGUCCUCCACUGCCAAGACCCCCUCGGAGAGCAACAGCAACAGCCACAGCCACAGCCACAGCCAGCCGCCUGGCUCUGUCUCUGUCUAGCAGCACAAGCCCCUCCCUUUUGCCCUGGCCUGUGACUUAUGGACCAUCCCUGAUGGCAGGAGGGGGAGUCGAGCUGCAGCACCAGCACCUUCUACAGGCUCCAUCGCUCCCCUGCCUGGAGCCAGGGACUCUGGCAAAGCCAACCCGGCAAGGACAAAGCCUUGCCUGGCUCUGCAUGCCUGACUCUGUGCUCUGCGCUGCCUGGAGCAUAGGGAGGCACCUUUUUAUCCCAGCCCCAGAGGAGGCAGCUCGAGCAGCUGCUCUGGCUGGCAAACCCAGCUGGAGGCUCCCCAGCACUGCACUUCACCUCUAUCCCAUGCCUGUCCACACCCCUCUGGGGCUGGGGUGUGCUGGUAACCACCAUGGAUGUCCCUCUGCCCCAUUCCCCUGCACUGCCCCUGCAGCAGCACUAUGGCAGCCUCCCUGCAGGCCUCAGGGCAGACAGCAUGGACGAGAUGGACUCAGGGCAUUUCAGGGAAAGGCUGGGCUGUUAUUUGCAUGGCCUCCUUCUCCACACCAACAAACAGCGGCUCUGCUCUCUGCCUGCCCCAGCAUCCCACUCCUGCACCUGGGCUCUGCAUGGGGCAAGCAGUAAGUGUGGGGCGUGUGGGAGAUGCUGGAAAAGCCCUCUCCCAAGGAAGAGCUGUGAGGAUGUGAAUUUGUAGAGCUCCUGGAUGUGCUGUUGCCCACAUUCAGCAUUUGGGUGACUGCUUCUUCCCCAGGGUGCCCUUCCUCACACCUGACAGCACUGCAGUCACCCUGGGACCCGCUGCUGGGAAGGGCAUCAUGGGGAUGGCCUGGAUCCCAGCCCAGCUCUAAGGCUGCAAACCUGCCCUGGAUGUACUCAUGGGACAAACCUUCCCCUUAGCCCUUAAUUUGAAGGGAGUAGAGAAACAGGGACAAGAACUGAGGGUGGCCUUAUGUGACCUUGACUGACCUUGAAGCUGGUGCCCUGAGGAGUCCUGGAGCCUUGCUAAGGGAGGUUACUUGUGACUAUUGCCGGAGUGAGAGGAGGAGCCCUGGGACAUCAGGUUCCUGCUGAGGUUUGUGCCUCAGAUGAGGAGAGAGUUGGCAGGAGCCUCCUCAGCUCUUUGCUGAAAUCACUAGACUGUGAUAAAAAACCCACACAUAGGAUUUCACAGUUCCUGGCAUGUCUAGCCUUUUGUUUGAAGUUGGAAAGGACAGACACAUACAGAGACACAAAAAGGAAAAAAAAGCUGCUUAUUUUACUGAAAAGUAUACCUGGAAAAGCUUCAUGAACAGAUGCUUUUGAUUAAUACAAAUCAUUCUUUAAGGUAAUAACCUUUUUUAUGCCUAGAAAGUUAAUAAUAGUCACUUGCAGUCCUUCAUUGUUUUAAAUGCAUACGAAUGAGCUUUUGGAUAGCAAUGGUUUUACUUAUGGUAUGGGUCUGAAGGCUGAAGGCAUGCUGAAGGCUGACUAAGAGGGAUGCCUAAAAUAACUCAGGUGGGAAACAGGCUCCAGUAGGUCCUUUCUGGAAGCUGAACUCUCCUCAAAGCAGGUUUAUCCUCAAUGCUGACCUGCAGAGAGCCUUUGUCCUGAAAAGCAUAUUACAGUGGACAAGAAAGAGCUGGGAUGCAAUAAUAUGAGGAUAUCUGUGGUCUGAACACCAUUGAAGGAG